AUAAACAGCAGUCGCAAAGAGAAGAGCACAUAAACAGGUGGUAAUAACUCACAGGUACAAGGCGUAUUUGACAGUACAUCACAGUCUACACACUAAAUACAGAUUUAGUCAAAUAGAUUAAGAUGAAGACGCUGGCAUUGCUCUCACUGAGCAUAGCAGUGGCUCUGGGAAUGCCACCAUUUGCUCCAGGCGUGGCACAAAACACUGUGUUGACUAAAGAAGACCAGAGCCCUCUGCUGGGGGACUUUGUUCCUGUGCAGGGUCAUGUGGUGGUGGAAAAUCCUGCACCACAAGUCAGGCUGGGCUCCGAGGAGCAACAGGAAAAAUUGGCUCUGGUGCCACUGGACAUGGAGCAGAGUAUGGUGGAACUAGAGAUCAAAGUGAAGCCACAAGUUGGAGAGGGGCAAGAGGGUGAAGUAAAGACAGAGGCUAAGCAGGAGCCAGAAGUCAAACCAGAGCCAGAAGUUAAGGAGGAGCAGGAGCUAAAAGCAGACCCAGAGGUUAAAGCAGAGCCAGAAGUUAAGGUGGAUCUAGAGGCUGAUGUGGCACCAGAAGAAAAUCUGAAUCCAGAGGUUAUGGCUGAACUAAAGGUUGAUGAGAAGCCAAAAGUUGAGAUGGAGCCAGAGCUCAAAGAUGACCCAGCCUUUAAGGUGGAAUCGGAGGUUAAGGUGGAGCCAGAUGUUCAAGAGGAGUUUCAGGUGCAAAUGAACCUCGAGGCAGAGACUAAAACAGGCCGGGAGAUCGAAGAGAGGCACAUUGACAUGGAGGGAAAAUAUAAAAUGGUGGGCGAACCAAUCACGGAGUUGGAGCCACUGGAUGACGACGACAACAUGUCUGUAGACGAACUGAGCAACACAGAGCUGUCCGAAGUGGAAAAGUCUUUUAGGGCAGCAUUUCAGAAUCAAGAUCUUGUCAAUCAACCUCUUUUAGAGCAGGAGAAGGGACUUAUUAGGGAGAGGAGCUAUGUUUUAGAUGAAGAACCAAUCAUGGAGCUGGAAACCCUACAAGAUGAGGUGGAGCAGGAUGUAAAUGAGAUGGAGCCAGAGCUCAAAGAUGACCCAGAUUUUAAGGUGGAAUCGGAGGUUAAGGUGGAGCCAGAUGUUCAAGAGGAGUUUCCGGUGCAAAUGAACCACAAGGCAGAAACUGAAACAGAUGAGAUCGAAGAGAGGCACAUUGACAUGGAGGGAAAAUAUGAAAUGGUGGGCAAACCAAUCAUGGAGUUGGAGCCACUGGAUGACGACGACAUGGAGUUGUCAGAAGUGGAAAAGAAUUUAAGGGCGGAAUUUCAGAAUCAAAAUCCUGUCAAUCACCCUCUGCCAGAAGAGAGAGGGUUGCUUAUGAGUGAGAUAGAUUCAGAUGGAGAACCGAUCAUGGAGCUAGUGCCACUGGAUGACGACAACAUGUCUGGAAAAGAACUGAGCAACACAGAGCUGUCAGAAGUUGAAAACACUUUGAGGGCGACAUUUCAGAAUCAAGAGGAUGGAGAACCAAUAAUGGAGCUGGAGUCUGAAGAGGGUGAGGCCCUUUUACAUCAACAGGUCAUGCCAGAUGCUGCUAUCAUGGAAGAAGGGCCAGCAUUGGACAUUAUGGGGCAGCCGAUAUUAGCUUUAGAGGAGUAUUUCCCAAAUGAAGAGGCUAGGGUGGGCAUGGAGCCUGGCAAAGAGCAAGACUCUCGCAUGGUGGAGGGGUCACACUAUUUGAUGAUGGAGGAACCAGACAGUGAGUCUGUCAGGGAGGAGGAGCUGUCUUCAAUGGCGCUCUUUGAGGAUCCAGCAAUGGAAGACGGUCCUAUGCUUGAUAGAGGAGUUCAGAUUGGUGUGGCGCCUGUAAGAGGAAGGGCUUUGAUGAGGCAGAGAGUUGAAAACCCUGAAGAAAGAAGAUUAUCACCAAAACAAAACAAGCAAGGGGAGAGCCGUUGUUCUGGUGUGAUGCUUGAGGGGAAGUGUUACCAGUUCUUCAAAGGGCCAAAGGGGGCUGCAGAUGCUGAGCUCUUUUGCCAGGAUCAUUUCCCUGGUGGCCAUCUGGCUUCCAUCACGAGCCAUUAUAUUCACAAAGAGGUGAUGAACAUGAUGCUGCGGCAAAACGGGGCACAUACACGCACCUGGAUUGGAGGACUACGAUAUUUGCAGACCGGUCGCUUUAUCUGGUUGGAUGGAUCCCACUGGGGCUAUGCUGAUUGGCUGUCAGGGGAGCCCAAUAAUACAGCAGAUGUGGAGGAAUGUGUGGAGGUGCUAGCACAUGGAAAUGGAAAGUUCAAUGACUUCACAUGCUGGGAACCUCAGGCUUUCAUCUGUUCCUACUCUUAUUAGUGAAUGUAAAGUGAGCUCUUUUCUAUCUGCAUAUUUG